AAUAAAAAAUCUUCUAAAAAGAAUGUGUCACAAAAAAGAAGACAAAGAACUGGAGCUAGAAAGUCGUGCACCUGCCGUCAGUGUGGAAGGAGUUUCACAUGUAAAGGAAGCCUGAAGGAUCACAUGAGAAUUCACACUGGAGAGAGACCUUUCACAUGCAAGUACUGUGGACAGGGCUUUAAACAAAGAGCAAGCCUUACAGAACACAUAAGAAUCCACACUGGAGAGAAGCCGUUCAAAUGCAAUCAGUGUGAGAGUAGUUUUCGACAAAAAGGAAGCCUUACAGGUCACAUGAAAGUUCACACUGAAGAGAAGCCUUUUACAUGCCAGCAGUGUGGGAAAACAUUUGCACACAACGGAAAUUUGAAGACUCACUUAAAAACUCACUCUGAUGUGAAGCCAUACAUCUGUCCUCAGUGUGGGAAAGGUUUUAGUGUGGCGGGAAACCUGAAAGCACAUGAGAGCGUUCACAACGAAGUGAAGAAAGUAAAGCCAUAUCACUGCGCUCCAUGCGGGAGGAGUUUCACACAAAUGACUGCUCUUAAAAGACAUUUAAAGUCAUUCAUACAUAAUAAAUACAGGCCGCUAGAGAAAUUCAUGCUCCUAAGUGGCUCCUCAGGAGAGAAUGUGUCAUUCACUAAAACACAUUUACUGCAGUGAAGUUCUUGCCAUCUUAAUAAAGUCUCUUAAACAAAUAAUUAAAACAUGUCUUUGGCUGUGAAUGGAUGGUUUAAAAUUUCAAAUGAAUAAAAUUACUUCAAAACCAAGACAUUUGUACCAUUCAAAAACUAGGUCUGUCUCUUAUUUCUACACCUUAAAGGUAUGAUAUCAAUGACAAGUUCAGUAUGGAGUACCACAAGGCUCAAUACUAGGACCAUUGCUUUUCACCCUGGGAGAUAUCAUCAAGAAACAUGGUGUUAGCUUUCACUGUUAACCUAGAACAGGGGCACAAUGAAGAUAUUCAAGGGAGGUAUGCAAGACUGGCCCCCUUCUUCCAGAUCAAUGUGUUUUUUUUUUGUGUGUUGUUUUUAAAAUGCUUAAUAAGAAAUUGAAAGAAACGGAAUAAGUAUAAGAAAUUUAAUGGAAACUGGCCCUUUAAUUGAAACCAGGCUACUGUGGU